AUGCGUUACAUCUCCGCUUAUCUCCUUGCCGUCCUCGGAGGAAACGCCAACCCACAUGCUGACGACAUCGAAAACAUCUUGAGCGCUGUUGGAGUUGAUGCUAAUGCCGAAUCCGUCAAUCUUGUUGUCUCCGGACUGGAGGGAAAGAACAUUGAGGAACUCAUUGCUGCAGGAUCAGCAAAGCUCGCUACUAUUUCUGGAGGAGUCGGAGCCGCCUCGUCUGCUGCCCCAGUAACCGGAGGUGCUGCACCAGCCGCUGACAACAAGCCAGCCAAGAAGGAAGAGCCAAAGGAGGAAUCUGAUGACGAUAUGGGAUUCGGUCUUUUCGACUAA